CAGUGACACGCGGCUGAUCUCAAUGUUGUUCGGACUGCAUCCGUCCACGGAGACGUCCGGUCCUCUGUGGAGCGCCUAACGGGACCCGCGCGCGCGCGCCUUCUCCACUUGACUCGCACCCAUGAACUUUUCGGUCCCCCGCGCGCCGCCCCCUUCCCCCUGCGGAGAAUGAAGACCACUCGCAAGUGCCGGAGCCUGUGGUCCGUCGGCUUGAACCUCCUCGCCCUCUUCUUCUCAAUCACCGCGUUCGCGACGACCUACUGGUGCGUGGGGACGCAGAGGGUCCCGAAGCCCAAGUGCAGCAAGCUGCGGACCCACCAGUGCAUCGACUACGGCGUGAACGAGACGGACCCCAACAAGGUGGUCUACAGCUGGGAGACCGGGGACGACCGCUUCCUGUUCCGCCAGUUCCACACCGGCAUCUGGCUGUCGUGCGCGGAGAACAUCCACGAUGAAAGCGAGAUGUGCAGAAGCUUCAUCGACUUGGCCCCACCCUCAGAGAAAGGGAUGCUGUGGCUGUCGCUGGUUUCCGAGUUGCUGUACAUUGUUCUGCUGGUGGUGGGCUUCAGCCUCAUGUGUUUGGACCUGGUCCGCUCUAGCAACGUCAUCGACGGACUUAAGCUCAACGCCUUCGCCGCUGUCUUCACCGUGCUCUCUGGUCUUCUGGGCAUGGUGGCUCAUGUGAUGUACACGCAGGUCUUCCAGGUCACGGUCAGCCUCGGCCCGCCUGAUUGGAGGCCCUACAACUGGGACUACGGCUGGUCCUUCUGCAUGGCCUGGGCCUCCUUCACCUGCUGCAUGGGCGCAUCGGUCACCACACUCAACUCCUACACGAAGACCGUCAUCGAGUUCAGGCACAAACGCAAGACCUUCGAACAAAGCAUACGCGAGGAGCGCGCACGAGAGGCUUUCGGACAUUUCCGGGAAUGUUCAUUGCACUCUAUCUCCAAAUCUGUGGAGGUUUACUCCAGCCAGACCCCGAAGAGUGGCAGGAAAACUCCCAUACCAGCUGACUCUCUGGAUCUGAGUGACAUUGCAGCAUCUUUGGGGGAGGAGCAGUGCUGA